AUGCCAGCCUGGACCACCUACAACACUUUAAAGUUACAGCAGAAGGCUCUGCAGCAACCUAAGCAGAAGAAAUCCAAGUCGGCUGAAUUUCUGAUGGAGAGAGAGGAGAGAGCCGUCAAUUCGGGUGCAAAGAAUCCAGACUUCGACGGAGGAGGAAGCGCUGAGCUUCUUUCUGCUCCUUCGCUCUCACCGAGGAAAGAAAUUCGAGGUGACAGGCCAGAUAGCACCCUUGCAGCUCGCCCCCAAAAAACGGAGCUCCAAGCCCCUUCCAAAGAAAGAGGAAAUGAACAAGCCCAAAAUUACUUUGACCCAUCGCCGGCAGAGCAGACUGACCCAAGGCGUUGCAGGAUGGCUGGGGUCAACGCUGACGAUGAGCUAGAAUUAACAGUGAUGAAUGCAGAUGAAAACAGGUUGUAUCAAAGAAUGGCUGCUCUGUUGGAUGAGGAUGAUACAUUCCUAGACUUACCCGGUACGGUGCUUGCCCCCGGGGAUGAGGAGGUGUUGGAGGUGAAGGCGGUUGAUCCGGUGCUUCAGCAGCAACUGCUGCUCCACGGUGGUGGUGCUGCUGCCUCGGGCUACAGGCCCUCCCAGGCCCAGACCACUGCCAAAACCCAGGCUGGGAUAGGAGACGCUCGACUCAAAGCAGGCAGGAUAGUAAUGGGCAAGGAAAGCAAUGGAAAAACGAGGACAAACGAGGAGACGAUCCCCCACUACGCCCAGCAGCUGAGAGAGCGUGUGCGGCCUGACAUGAUCGCACUUGGCAGUCUUUCACUGCAGCAGCAGACAGAUCAGAGGGGACCAUGGGAGAGGAGUGAGUGGGCAACGAUGAAGAAGAGACUCAUGGCCUUCUUCACUCCACAUGUUAAGCCCCAUUCACAAAGAGACUGUGAUGGACCUGAAACAGGACCGCCAAACCUUCAGUGCAGCACAUCCGCUGGAAGCCCGUCACUCAGAGCACCAGGGGAAGGCCGACAGGAAGUGAUGGCCAAAGUCGGACAGGUGACAGAGCUCCUCGAAUCCUCUUCUUUGGCGUCGCCGCCCCUGUGGCAAGUGAACACUGACAGAACUCCCCAACCUGUAGACGUUCGCAUUUGUUGUCUGCGGGCUGUCAGAGACAAGCUACCCAGGGGCCUCUACACUGUCAGUGUGGCCCUUCACAGUCGACUCGGGGGUCCGGCUCUGGCCUGGUGUGGAAAGAAAGGGCAGCAUCAAUGGGCUGCAUCUACAGAGCCGGUUGAACAUCGGGGACACUUUUACGAAACUGAUCUCCACAUUAACCAGAGUCUAUUCAUGAUCUUACCUGCAGCCCGUGAGGUCGUCCCCUCCAUGGUGCUAAUAUUCCGGCUGAUCACACGGCCGGCACUCAGCAGCCACAUCAGCGCUGUGCUGGCUUGGGGGGUUUUUCCUGUGUGUGACCUGAGUCUCAGUGUUGUCCAGGGCAGGUUUAAAACCCCACUGCUCAGGGGGGAGCCGAGCACGCGACUCUGCCAGUUUAAAAAAAUUGAAGCCCUUAUUUCCUCUGAUCUAGACCACUGGCUUUGCAACCUGUACUUUCAGGUAAAGAAUCUCCAAAGUGGGACAUCUGUAAUGCCAGAGCAAUGCGUCGCCCUGACCAUACCCCCUUCCAACGCCUCUGUCAUGCCCCAAACUGAGGUUCAGCAGAGCCAGCUGCCUCUGGAGCCCCCCACACUGUCCCAGCCCCCAGCUCAGUCACUGCUCUGCCUCCCACAUGCUCAUCCACAGUUCCUUCUAUCCUCCCAGAACCAGGCGACUGCGGGCCUCGAGAGCAGAGCAGGAGAGCCUGCUUGGGGGCAUUCUCACCACGGGUCUCCUCUCCACCUGUCAGCUGAUUCCGCUUGCUCUUCCACAUCUUUACCAGGAGCCAUUUCUGGAAACACAGGGGAGAAGAGUGAGGCAUGCAGGGAGAAAGCAGACGGUGGGAUUCACUACAAGAAGAAGCCAAUCAAGAAGACAAAUAGCUGCGGCCCCAGCAUGAGCGGCAGCAGUGCACCGCCUCGGCAGGCAGACAAACAGACGAUGCAGCCUUCAGUUGAAAACGUCUCCACGGAGGAGAUGGAGGAGUAUACAUUCUCCCUACAAAGAGCUGCACUGACUGGACCUGGAUCCUGCACGGCACACCUGUCCGAUCGAACCCGCUUGGCCCUCCGCAUGCUGCUGUAUGAGUUGGGCUUGCCGUUGCCCCGGCAACAACAACAGCAUAGUAGCUGGCGUGGCUCUGCUCGGCAGCUCGGUCUCAUUAUGCUGCUGCUGGCUUUGAUGUGGUUUGUAAGGCUCUACCUGCAUUACUGCAGCCAGUGGCUCUACCUCCAGGCCAAAGCAGUUCCUGUCAACAAAUUCCAGUUCCACGCACACACGGUGGACCUCAUAUACCAGAGUUCUUUGCUCCACACCCGGGAGGAGCUGGCGAUGGUGGUGGUGGGUCCCCUGACCUUGAACGCAGUUACGUUCCUGCUGGUUCUGAUCAGAUGGGGCUGUCAACAGAUAUUUGGCUCACUCCCUUCCUUCACGUCAAAAUUUAUCAUUGCUCAGGGAGUGUGGACAGUCCUCGACCCCCUGGCAGUCUUUGCAGUGGACGCCGUCCUCGGGCGUCUUGCCUACAGCCCUGACACUCCAGUGGGGGAUGCAGCCAAGCUUUUCUGGCAUUUUUAUAGAAGUGACCAGUCUGGUUCAGCCGGGGUGAUCAUCACCCUGUUCCUCUACGCAGUACAUUUCCUGCUCUCUCUCACCAUCAUGUUCAUUUACCUUCUCAGAUUCCACAAUGAUGGUUGUAUGCUGGAUGUCUAUCAGAGGCUCACAGCGAAAGAGGGGGCAUAUUUCGUGCCUCAAGACAUGGAGCUGUCCAAUCAGGAGUUAAGCUACAUUGUCAAGAAAGCCGAACAGUGGCGAGGUUUCAAUGGGGAGAGGCGGAAGGUGACUGUCUCCGACUAUAUCUGGACAGCAGAUGACCUCAUUAAUGACACUCCUAGAGAGAGUUCACCUGUACCCGUGGGGGAGAGCAGUACCCAUGUGGCAGUCUACACGCUCUACCUGAGUGGCCUCAAACAAAGAUUCAGACACUUCCUCCGGCAACAUGAUGGCGCUAUCAUUGAGGUGAUUGGUGACAUGGACGGGGUGAACAGCCCAAGAACAAUGGUGUCCUGCCCGGGACAGGGCGGGGCAGCCAAUCAUGAGACAGACAAAGAUGGCAAAAGCACCAACAACCAGCUGCGGAAGAGGAAGAACCCAUUUGGGCGCUUUCGUAUCGAGCCAGUCAGAGGAAGCGGGUGUGGCUCCAGUUUUGCACCGCAAGACAUCAGGCAAUAAUAUCACCAAAAAAACAAAGGCGGUCAAACCCUAAACUUCAUGAUAUGUUUUGUCUUUUCUUUGGGUAAAGACCUCAGUCGAAUAAACUCACUUGAACUUGG